AUGCGCACCAUAACAAAUGCCAACACUUCGGGACUGCGAUGGCAGACCCAGUUGCCGGCCGACGUCGUGCACACCGGGACCUCCGCCGCCUCCUCCCUCAUUUAUAAUGUUGGUUAGGAUCCUGGUCAUUUGCUGAGCAGACCAGAGGGUGUGGGGUGGGGCGCCAAGGCGCGGGCUCGACCGCGCCAGCCACCUUCGCUCUUCCCCGUCUCGGUCUUCUUGACUCUGUCUCGACAUCGGAUCCAGGUGGGACAGGAGGAGGAGGGAGUGUGUUAGACGCUGCGAAAAUCCACAUUCACUGUAAACUAAUUCGUUUGCAAGUCACCGUCCUUUCUCCACCCUUCUGUGGAGCACACGGUGGAGAUCGUCGACAACGACGGUACAACUGUCGCGUCGGGUACAUCUGGGGCGGGGAUCAGGGCGAGUGUGGCACGCGCAGACGUGCUGUGCGGCGCUCUGCCAGUCACUGAUCCCACGUCUUUCUUCGCUCCUUCCGACUUUCUCUCCGUAUCGGAGCCUGGGAGACGGGCGAGGGAGGAGGGGGUGAGUGGGCGAUGCGGCAGAUCCUUCGUAGGUCUAUCUCACUAGAAACUAAUCCACGUUCAGGCUACUGAUGUUAUGCCCACUGCUUGGGGCUUGUGAGGAUCGAAAUGUUACAAGUUCCACGCCUAAAUACUCCACUCUGAUAAACAAUGUUCUCAGUUUUUAGGUAAUCCAUACCAGGCAAAGGGUUCAACUUUUGGCAGAAGUCAACUUCUGCCAAACGCAUCAUUUCUAAAGAGAGAGGGUGCAUGACAGUUCGACCAUCGGUUUCGAUGAUGUCCACCGUGUGCCCCACAGUUGCAGCAGCAAUGGGAGCAGGGACGGUGACUUACGCAGGGGUUUAUAGUACCGGUAGACUUGCGCACCAUCUACCUACACUCUCUUCUCCUCCCUCGCCCGAGCCCGGUGUCAAGACAGAGUCAAGAAGACCGGAGACGAGAGAGGCCGCAGGUGGAUGGCUCGGACGGAUCCUCACCUUGGCGUUCCACCACACCCCCUGGUCCACACAACAAAUAACCAGGAUUUCAACCAACGCGACAGAGAUUUGGAGGCUGGCACGGCCGAAGCCGAACCUGGGCGUGCCGCCAACGCCUGGUUCGGAUCCCACACUGUAUUGAGAGUGCCGAGCCGGUCAGCAGACUGGAGUGGGGAAUGGGCGCGGUGGCUGUCAUGGUCGACUGACCAUGACUGCGCGCUCCACGGCACGACCUGACCCCCCAUACACACAACAACAGGAUUUCACACAACGGGGGUUGAACGGCGUGUCUCUCACUUGCGUGAGAGGGCUGUGGAAGGUGCUGUUUCAGCCCGUCCCCAGCCCACCAGUCCGCCACUACACACAACACACACACACACAACGUGACGAACUGCGUGGACCGAGAGCGGGCGUCAAUCAGAAACCUUCCUAUUCACGACGUUUGACGUGUCGGGAUAGUCUCGGACUCAAGUCACCCCUGCAGCCGAAGCCGCAUGGGGACCGAGUCGAGAUGCGGACUUCCCACUUGCGUGGGAGGUCACACACACGGUAGUACACGCAUAGGCGCUAAUACUAGCGCGAACACGCACACACUGCGACUGGCAACAGCAGCAGCCCAACACACACACACACACACACAACAACUGAAGGGCCACUGCCACCAGUUUACCGCCCCGCAUCCUUCCAGGACUGCGUGAGCAGCAGAGAGGUCGCGUACACACUGCUGCACGGUUCUACUUAAAGCAAUAAUAUUAAUAAUAAUUUUUAUUCAAGACCCGUGGGGAUCCGUUCAUAGCAGCUAAGAAUAACUUUACAUGAAUUUUAGAAUUUUAGAACAGGUAUACAGAAUCUAAACAAUACUUAAUUCCUAGUUAUUGAAUAAAUAGUAUGUUGCGACAAAUGAUGAGGGAGCAGCGAAAAAAACUCUUGACAUAUAAACAAAAUGAGCAUGACUGGAUUAACACUAUAGGAGAAAAAACUCUCGCUCCUGAAUGUAUAUAAAGCAGGCAGGAUCGGCUUGUAUGUGGCAGUGCAUAACGGAUUUCAUGAGGGGGUAGAUAGGCGGGUCAGACAGGACUGGCCUGUAUGUGGUAUUGAACGGGCAUCAUCAAGGCAGAAUUCCUAUGCCGGAUGAGGUCAUUCAUGUCAAAGUGGUGAAUAGAAAACCAGUCUCGAGGCGAUAGGAACCCGGAUGCGAUAGGUUACAGUCAGCUUAGAGUACAGCCGAGGAGGGGGCAAGGGAGAUGCGACCAGACUACUAGUAUAUGGCGAAUGCAGAGGGUUCCGCCAAGAGCGUAGCUGUAGCUUGAUUUUUCGCUUCAAAUGUGUUCCGUUUUGUUUGUGAUGCAGGGAAGGCCUGAGAAGAGGGGAGGGGGCGGCAGUCGGACACUGAGACGUGACUUUGGGCCACAGGGUCUGCAGAUGAUUUCCUGCAUCACGCGCACCACGGGAUCUCGAGUUCACUUGAAGAGGAACGUGAUUUCUUUCUUCCCGACCUUGAGGUUGUUGUUGUUGAGCUGCAUGGCUCGUGGUCUUGAGACAAUUAAUUCUAGUACAAGUUUCCCACGCUUAAUUCAGCAGCCUGUUGUUGGAUAUAAUGUUCAGCAUCUGCUUUCCCUCUCCCCGGUGGAGGACCCUGGGCGCCAAGGGGGGGGAACGGGCGUUGGUAUGCGAUCACCCUCGUCCCAGGCAAUUCAGUGAUCAAGAGGGCUGUGCUCACCAUAGCUUUUUUCUGAGAAGCAUUGUAGAAUCGGUUAUGUGAAGAGAAGACACACUACUUGCCAAUCAGGCCACUGCCCUCAAAAUAAAUGCCUUUUCGCAGCAGGACGCACGUUCAUUCACUCAUCAGACUUCCUAAUUGUUUUUGAUUUUAAAAAUGCACAGCAAGAUUCGCCUGUUUGAUUGCUAGACGAUUUCGCUGUACGAAGGCAAUUAAUGAGUGGCAGACAAUUAGGCUAGAUCGCAAUUGGUAGCCAGGAAUGAGGAAGCGGACGGCGACCUUAACCCUAAUCCUAACCUUAACCCUAAUUCUAACCUUAAACUUAAAUGUUAACCGCUCACCCUAACGCUAACCCUAACCCUAACCGAACUCGUAGACGUAACCAUAGCCCUUGGACAUAGAGCUAACUAUAAAACCUAACCGUAACACUGAAACCUAGUAGUAAACUCAAACCCUAGCCGUAAACCGAAAACCUAGGCCUAAGGGGCAUAACCGUGACCCGAAAAUCCGGCACCACUGACCGGUACCCUAAUCCUAACCUCAAACGUAAAACGGAAGCCAAAUGGGUCAGAUGUGAUUAUGUAGCCCUGCAAAAAAGCCCCAGUAAAUAAAACCCAAGCCAACUGUAAUACGGGGCCUGGUCACUAACUGCAUUCUAGCCGAAAAUUCUGAUCAGCAGACUAUUAGUAUUUCCGAGAAUGCGGUCCCCAUAGGGAUGGUAAUCAGCAGAGGUGCUGGUGAACCAGAUGCCUUUCCCUGGGGGUGAAAAGACGUCCUUUAAAAUUGAUGAGUAGCAAGUGUUUCUGAAACCCCACCGAUACUCACCCAACUGACAAGGUUGUAAAAGCACCAUUUAAGGGGAGAUUUUGCCAAACGCACAGCAGGAACCCAGGGUGAUGACAUCAGACAUUCUAUGCAAGUGGACUAUAUUUCAGUGAGUUUUGGCUCUCAAAAGGUCUUCCUCAAAUGCAGUAGCUGACCUAUCUCAUGAAAUGUUCACCGAAAGCCCGCAAUACGUUUUGAUUAGAAAGGGUUACUUACGUGGGAUUGUACUCUCAGUUGUCCUGAAAAAUAAUCCAAAAAUACUUCAGUCAGGCCAGGGUGCCGGCGUUUCAAUGAGCCUCUGUCCGGCCGCAUAUAAAAACCACAUUCGGCAAUAACUGCCAUCUGAUUAGUAUGUUUUUUCAUUGAACUUCAGAGCGCUAUUAAUUUGAAUAUAUGUUAUAAAAGACAGGCAUAAAAAUAUCACCUUUGCACUCACUGGGUAACAAAGUAUUUCUUCAAAUUUUAUGCCUGCAAAAGGGUGUCGUCAGGUUUUAAAAACGCUUUGUCCAACUAAUUUUGAACCCGGUCGGUUGCCACACGUACGUUCAGUGUCUCCUAACAACUUGCUGUAUACUUUCCGUAUAAGUGAAAUCAUACAUUUCUCUAUGUUACUAAGAAGAAGACACGCAGAGCUUGUAAAUUUUUUUUGCGGAUGCGGAUCCCUUUGCAUACUUAAUAAGCCGCAUAUUUAAGCGUAUAGAUACGAUGCUGUACGAAUGGACAUCUUGCGAUCAUUGAUGAUUUCUCUUUCAUACGCUUUUUAACACAAAAUCUUGCCCUUUCUUCAAGUAGGAAAAGUGUGAAAAGACCUACUUUUCUGCCAAAUGAGUAUAAAGGACAAUAUUUCUGUGCAUGUCCUCUACAACAAAUGUUUGAAUUUACAUAGACACUGAAAAAAUUGGAAAAAAAACACUACUUAAGUAGUCAUAUUUGAUGCAAACGACCGGAAAGAGGCGCAUCUUGGCGCGACUGGGAUACAUGUAGACCUUACGGUAUGAUAAGCAGUAUUACAACAUCGCCUAAGUUAUCCUUUUUAAGUGAAAACACAUUUCAUAAUUUCGGCGAACAUUUCAUGUGAUAGAUUAGUUACUGUGGAAGUAUUCAGCGACCUCAGCAUGGUUCGGACCUGCGAUAGAAGUGCUAAGGCUUUAGCACAACCAGCACUCUAACCACCUGAGUUACAAGGUCCGACUGAGAGUCCUGACUUCUUUUUAUUUCGUUCAACUUGUCCGCUCAGCUUAUUACCACGUAUGCAAUCCACCAAUGCUAGUACGGUGGGCUGACUGCCCAAGCCGGUUGCCAAACGCAACGUUUGUGAACCCCGACCGAAGACUAUUAAACUCAGUUAUUCGAUGACGCUUCUAGCCGUAUUUGAAUAAUUUCCCUGACAAAUUGCGAAACAGGCGGUGACCAGGUCAGAGUCCGAAGUCGGACACUUUGGCCAAAAAUAAAAUUUGGAGAAAAUCGGAGACCUUGGUGGAAUUGGAACCCAUGACGAAUAGGCUAAGGCUUCAUUACUACUAGCGCUGCAAUCACCUGCGCUGCGGGGAGUCUAGAUGUAAAAAACACAAGGUUUAAGACUCGUGUAGAUGAUUAGAGCCGGGGUUUUACUAAAGUAUCUGUUAUAAUCCUACGGAACCUCUAAGGUUCUCACAAUUGGAUCGCUUGCAACUUGACUUUACUUAAUGGGCAAUUGUGAUUUUUUGACUCCUGGUGGCUGGGGAUUGAUAAAGAACCGACCGGUUCUGUCGUCAAUGCUUCUUCGGAUGAUCUAAGGGCCGCAAGAAAUCCCAAUGUCUCAAGAUGUUGCCCAGUCAAUUGCGCUGAUUCGACGCUUCAACCACUUUCAGCAUUUAGUAAUGAUGGUUGAACUGGAUGCACACAUUGCUGGAUCCGAACAGUUGAGGUCUGAAGGAGUUGGGGGUCUAUCUGCUCAUCCACAUUGAAGCCAUCGUUGCCGACGAUGUCCAUCGUGUGCCCCAUGUCAGCGUGGGCGCGUGGACAGUGACGCGCGCGAAUCAGUUUAUAUUGGUACCAGUGGUGGUGGUGGUGGUGGUGGUGGUGGUGGUGGUGGUGGUGGUGGUGGUGGUGGUGGUGGUGCCUGUGGUGGUGCCUGUGGUGGUGCCUGUGAUGCCUGUGGUGGUGGUGCCUGUGGUGGUGCCUGUGAUGCCUGUGGUGGUGGUGCCUGUGGUGGACUUGAGCUAUAUCCAUCGCACACUCUCCUCUUCUCUCAUCUGCUCCCCGUGUCAAAUCAGGGUAAGGGAGGCCCGGGGCGGGAGAGGGCGCAGGUGGUUGACGAGGCGUGAGCCCGUUUCUAGGCUUGCCGCCACCCCUCUGUAUUGCAUUUGUUAUGGUUUCUCGACUCAGUUACACCUGCCGGACCCUGAUCUGCUCCCCCCUCCCUCCCCCUUAGUUGGUCCAGCAGAACUCCUUUGUGGCUCCUUGUAGGGGGACAAUGUCUGCAUAAAUGCAUUUAGAAACAACCACAGCGCCAUUAUCUACGAGGAAAGAAGACUCUACCGAGCGGGGCGCCAUCAAUUUUCUUCUACAAAUGCCCAUAAACUCCAUCUAAAUAAAAUCUCAUGCGAACUGUUUGUUUGGCUUUCCCCGUCUGACUCUACAUUUCUUACUCCUCCUUCGUCUUCUUUUACGCGGUAGCAAGACUGUUUGACUGUACUCCUGCGUUUCCUUCGCCAUGCCAACACGCUGCCUCACUUUCCUCCUUCGCCCCCUCCAUCUCUCCACCUCCUUCUACUUAGCAAAUAGUUCACUGCAUUUUUCGGCUGUAACCACCAACCAAUUCUGUCUUUGGUCUUUUUCUAAAUGCGUUUUGACAUCCUGUCUUCCACUUGUUCAUUCUCUUUUCAUACAGGAUCGAUUUUCGAUAAAUUUCUCAGGCUAAUUCAUCACAGCUGACGUUUCGGGUGUUACCAUAUUUCACAACCUUUGAUUUGGCGAUUUACAGAUGCCUGUACUGCCGCCGUCCAGGCUUCGGGUUUAUUUACAUUUUCUACCUGGACUUCACAAACUAUCUUCUGAUGAUGCUGUCUCAUAUUCUCUUCUGGUCGAUACCACAUUACGCUGGAAUCUUACAAUGGUCUUCUGCUCGAGCUAUUAGCAAAUACCCGGGCUAAUACUACGGUGAAUAAAUCAAUGCGUGUGUCUUUCGUUGACAAAGCAAAAAAAGAAGUUCGCAAGUCUCAGGUGUCAAUAGCCUGCAACACCAAUGUUCAACCUCUCCCAGCAUGUCCGCCCUGUCAACAAACAUUCCACGAACGAAUAGGCCUCAUCGAACAUUUCCGAAUUCAGUGCAUCAACAGCCCGACAAUUCCAACUGUUGCCUCUCCGACCGGCCCUGCUCCAAUUCUCAUGGUGUCCACAACAAUGAAAACCCUAACUACCGGUGAUCACAAUUCCGGUGCCUUCUCGCCGUCGCCGACCACCGCCAUCUUCAUCAUCCCUGGUACAACCUUUUCGGCCACGACGACCACCACAGCUCCCACUCCGAUCACCAGCCAAAACACUCCUGACGUUCCGUCAACCACCACCCUCAUUAUUCCUACUUCCAGCGAAGUGGACUCAGUCACAACCUCUCCUCAUUGCAAUUGCAUACUCAUCUCACGCAUCGGUCUGGUCGGUCACUUGCUAACCCGAUCAGAGCCACCAGAAUCUGCUCCUCAGAUGCAAUCGAUAACGAGCUUACUUUCCUAA